AAGAAAUGUAUGAUUUUUUGUUUAUGUCAUGAUCCGUCUGUUUUAUUUGUAGUGGACACAGAUGAAUGAAGAUUUGAGCUUCAGAAAACUAAUAAAUGGUUCAGAAUGUCCAGAAACUCUCAAAUAUGACUUUAAUAAAAAUGGGGACCUUAGGCAUAUGGAUACCAAUGAACCUUUUGUUUAUGAUUAUCAAAAUUCACAUAAUGCUAAUCACCAACAUUUUCAAUAUCUUGGAUGCUUAAUUACUCAGUAUGUUUUCGAGCUCCUGGAAAAGACAUGCAAACUGCAAAAGAUUUACAUCCCAACAGAUGCUCCAGACAAUGAACUUCGCAGUUUUUUUUUCAUGAGUGAGAAUGCAUUAACUAAUUGCUCAACUCUAGUCAUCCUCCUUCAAGACAAGGGAUCUUUUCGUGCAGGUCAGUGGGGACGAAAAGUCAUAGUUCGUGAAGGCCUCCAACACGGAUCUCAAAUACCAUUCAUCAUAAAGGCUCUGCAGUGCUCUUGGGGAGUGAUUGUUUUAAAUCCCAAUGACAACUUCAUUGAACUGAAGACAGAACAAGAAUGCUUCAGCCUCUCUGAGAAAAAAGACUCCACAUGUCCACUACAAUCACCCUCGGCAGUCCCAAAGAGAGAGAGCAGUAGUCCUGAAGAGCAUACAAGUUACGUUUGGGACCAUUUCAUUUCAAAGAGCACAGCAGAAAAGGUGGCUUUCAUUGCCCAUGGUUAUGGAGGUUUGGUUUUCAUCGACCUCCUCAUGCAGAGAACUUCGGAGGUAAUGAACAAAGUAGGUGCUGUUGCGCUUAUUGACUCCACACACCACACACCGCACCAGACACAAGGCAUUUCCCAGGUGCAGGCCUGGAUAUGGAAACAUUGCCGAGAGUGGGUAUCCCACAGUGAACCUUUAGAUAAGUCAGUAGGCUUUAGGGUGAAAGUUGAUUGCCCUACAGUCUCCACAGGAACUGAAAAUUAUAGCCUGGCUCCUUCCUCUAGUCUACAGUCCAUUUUCAAAUAUCUUAAGAGUGCACUGAAAGUCUUCACUAAACAACCGAUCAAUCGUUCACCUAUUCUAACAAGGAGCAAGUCAAUGAAAACAAGUUAA